CUGUCUGCAGCAUACAGAUUCCGAAUUACGCGGCGUCGAUCCUGCACUCUUGCCAUCCUUACCCUCCCUUACAACGCCCGCCAUGGACUGUUCCCGCCGCUGCUCGGCCACAAGCGGCAUUGAGUCAACCAGCACUCCCUCCUUUCUCCAGCCCUCUCCCCCCGAGAGCCGGGGCCCGUCAUUCGGCGGCGGCGGUGCCACGGGCUACCAGGGCUUCCCGAUCAUUGGUGCGGGCCGGGUCAUCCUGCAGUCCCCCUCCGGCUUCUGGACCAGCGUGCCGGUGCCGCCCGGCAAGACGACCGUGAACCGCUUCCUGCUCUCCGCGCUCAUGAAGAGCAUGGACGCACCGGCAGUUGACGAGGUGUGGCUCUAUGCGCCGCUGCCGCCGGAUCCCGUGGAUUACGCCGCCGCCGAGGCCAAGCGUAUCCCGCUCUACCUGCGGGGCGCUAGCCGAGCGGGCUCAAACGGCGGUCCACCUGAGGGCGCCAGGGGCGGUCAGGGGCAAGGUCAGGGGUGGUGAACUGAGGGCUGCCAGCCACGUUCCAAACGGGUGGGCCGUCUGGCCUGCUGAUGAGUUCUGCUGCUGGUGAUUUCAUAAAUGGUGCAGAUGAUUGAGGGCAUUGGUUUGAGGGGCACUCUAAGUUCGGCAGUUGAGCAAAUGCAUUGGAGUGCCCACUGGCGCUUCGGCGUUACUGCCAUAACACGCAUGAACACAUGGUCCACAAGACCGGCACAACCUACU